GUGGGGGGGGGGGGGGGUAGAUACCAGAGUUUCAGGUGUACCUGUUGGUUAAUCAUUCACUGCAGAGCAGUCACACCACUAAACCCACACACGUUGAGACACACGAGUCGAGAGGAAGACAUGAGUGCCGCCCGAAGCCCCGCGGGGCUCCUCUCGGAGGACCAGUUCAUGUGCUCCAUCUGCCUGGAGGUGUUUGUGGAGCCCGUGUCCACGCCGUGCGGCCACAGCUUCUGCAAGGCCUGCCUGCAGGGCUACUGGGACCACAGCAAGAAGUCCCUGUGCCCCAUGUGCAAGAAGAGCUACUCCAAGCGGCCCGAGCUCAGCGUCAACCGCGUGCUGGCGGAGAUCUCCACCCAGUUCCUGGGGCUGAACGUGGGCGGCGCUGGCGGCGGCGGUGACGGCGUGGACGGAGGGGCCGGGUCGCGGGGGUCCACCCUGAACCUGAGCUCCGGUGCGGGGGCGAGCGGGAGCCUGAGAGACGGGGGCUCGCCGUCGCGAGGAGGAGGAGGAGGCGGGGCCGACACGAACGGGGACUUUGCCCGCGAGGGGGAGGUGCCGUGCGACGCCUGCAUCGGGAGGAAGGUGAAGGCGCUGAAGUCGUGUCUGAACUGCGCCGGCUCGUUCUGCGAGACCCACCUGCGGCACCACAAGAAGUCCUUCCAGGUGAAGUCCAUGUCCUCCCACCGUCUGGUGGAUCCCACCUUCCACCUGGAGGAGAAGAUCUGCAAGAAGCACCAGCGACUGACGGAGCUGUACUGCCGCACCGACAACGCCUGCAUCUGUCCCACCUGCGCCGACACCGUCCACAAGGCCCACGAGGUGGUGUCCGCCGACCGCGAGUUCAAGAAGCAAAUGGCUAACUUGUCAAAGAGAAGGUCAGAGGUCAAACAUCUAAUCAAAGAGAGGACAAAGAAACUGGAAGACAUCAAGCAGUCCAUCAGGGUCAUCAAGGCCAACGCGCAGAAGGAGCUGGAGGAGAGCUGGCAGGUGUACGCCGAGCUCCAGCGGCUGGUGGAGCAGAGCCAGGCGGAGCUGGUGGAGCUCAUCGCGUCCCGGCAGCGGGAGGCGGAGCGCCACGCCCAGGAGCUGGCCCGCGGCCUGGAGAACGAGCUGAGUGUGCUCAGGAGGAGCAGCAGCGAGCUGGAGGCCUUCGCCCACACCCAGGACCGGAUCGUCUUCCUCCAGAGCGCCGCCGGGCUGCCGCCGCCACUGGAGCCUCUGGACUGGUCGGCGGUCAGUGUGAGCACGGACCUGUACCUGGGCACCGUGCGCUCCUCGGUCGGCGGGCUGGUCGACAAGUUCCAGGUGGAGCUCCAGAGGCUGUACGGGAAAGAGCUCAGGAAGCUGCAGAACUACGCAAGCGAGGUGAUCCUGGACCCGGGCACCGCCCAGAAGAGCCUGGUGCUCUCCGAGGACGGCCGGCAGGUGCGCUACGACGAGAGGAAGUCGUCGCAGACGGAGAGCUCCCGGCGCUUCAACCCGGCGCUCUUCGUGCUGGCCCGCGAGGGCCUGGCGUCCGGACGCCACUACUGGGAGGUGGAGGUGGGCCGCAAGACGGCGUGGACGCUGGGCGUGGCCCGCGGCUCGGCCCGACGCAAGGGCGACAUCAACCUCAGCCCCGAGGGCGGCUUCUGGUGCCUGUGGCUGAAGAACGGCGAGAUCAAGGCGCUGGCAUCCAGCCGCGUGCCGCUGACGGCCGCGUCACAGCCCGCCAAGGUGGGGGUCUUCCUGGACUACGACGGCGGCCAGGUGUCCUUCUACGACGCCAAGAGCCGCCUGCACCUCUACACCUUCGUGGACACCUUCAGCGAGAGCCUCUACCCCAUCUUCAGCCCCUGCCUGGUCCAUGACGGCAAGAACGCGGCCCCCCUCGUGAUCAGCCAGAUCAAACCGAACUGAGGAGGGACAGGUGGUCACCAAGGCAACCCAUGAAGGAGGUUGAAUUUGAACCAAAACCGACGCAGUCAAGUUUUACAACAAAGCCCAAACUUUUAGAAAUGCAGUUUGGUUCGCGAGGGUUAAGAAGUUGUGUACAUCUGAUAUUUUUAAAGAACUGAUUGUCUCUUGUGUGACAGCAUGUGUGACAAGAUAUAAGCUACUGAAGAUAUUGACUACGUAACUGGACUUUUUGAAAUCACUGCUUUGUUAUGAUAAUGAGACAAAAGAGAAAUGUUUGAAGGUUUAAGACUUAGGGUUUAACAGAUUUAGCUAGACACGCUAGGCUAAUGGCCAGUAGAAGCUUGAUUUAGGUGAUGGCACCUUUUCUGUAAAUCUGUAAUUACAUAGGCUAGUAAACAUGACUUAUAUUAACUUAUUUACCUUUACAAGAUAAAUACGAUUUUAAACAGGCUUGCUGGGUAGGAGCAUUUUACACUAACACUUUACCUUAAUUUUUUUAAUCAAAUGUUCAUAUCAUAUCUUUUUUAAUAAACACAUUAAUCAAUAAGCUUCGCCUCUUUGAGUUAGAAGACCCAUAGGCUGAUUUGAUUGGUUCGAACUAGCAAUAGUCUCCCUGUAGAGAACCUUUUAUUGUGAUGCCUCAUCUCUUCGAGAGCUUGACUUGUCAGGACAUUUACUACUUUUAGGACAUUUUAAUCAGAGCUGUUGAGAGAGAGAGUGACAGAAACCGAAGAAAAAAAACGCUUGAUCAUCACAUGUUUAACACACUUUCCCCUGUCAUCAUUGUACUGGAUUCUAGACCAGUCGCUCUCCAAAGGCGCCCGUCUAACUAGCAUUACACUGCUAGUCUUUCCACCUAUCCGGAGAACAGCAGCAGAUCCCAGUACCCGAAUCAGUUCACUGGUCUACACCACCCAUCAAAGGUUUGACCCUAAAAUGUAUAGAUGGUUUUAUAUGAAUGUGAAAUAAAUGUCUUGAAGCUGCA